GCUCUGGGGGAGGAGGAAGAGGCGGGCCGAGCUCUGAGACAGGACUCUCAGCCUAUCCAGGCUCUGUAAUUAAUUAACCCAAACGGAUCAAAUUAAGGGGUGAAAGUUCACCGAGGAGGAGGGCGCGGUGGCCAGGCUCGGUCGCGGAGCCCCGGGGCCCACAGGCGCGGGCGCGCGUGGUGGCCGAGCCCCUCGGGAGCUGGGGGAGGAAGGGGCGGGGCGGGGGUCCGGAGCAGUCACGCGCCCCCUCCCGCCCCAGGUCUCCCGCUCAGGAUGGGGGUCCCCCGGCCUCAGCCCUGGGGGCUCGGGUUCCUGCUCUUCCUGCUGCCGACACUGCGCGCAGAGAGCCAUCUCUCCCUCCUGUACCACCUCACCGCUGUGUCCUCUCCUGCCCCCGGGACUCCUGCCUUCUGGGUAUCAGGCUGGCUGGGACCCCAGCAAUACCUGAGCUACAAUAACCUGCGGGCCCAGGCCGAGCCGUGUGGGGCUUGGGUCUGGGAAAACCAGGUGUCCUGGUAUUGGGAGAAGGAGACAACAGACCUGAGGAACAAGCAGGAACUCUUUCUUGAAGCUCUCAAAGCCUUGGGAGAAGGAGGUCCCUACACCCUGCAGGGCCUGCUGGGCUGUGAGUUGGGCCCUGACAAUGCCUCGGUGCCCGUGGCCAAGUUUGCUCUGAAUGGCGAGGAUUUCAUGGAUUUUGACCCCAAGCUGGGCACCUGGAGUGGGGAAUGGCCUGAGACUGAGACCAUCAGUAAGAGGUGGAUGCAGGAGGCGGGUGCGGUCAGCAAGGAGAGGACCUUCCUGCUCAACUCCUGCCCCCAGCGGCUGCUGGGGCAUCUGGAGAGAGGCCGCGGAAACCUGGAGUGGAAGGAGCCACCCUCCAUGCGCCUGAAGGCCCGCCCCGGCAGCCCCGGCUUUUCUGUGCUCACCUGCAGCGCCUUCUCCUUCUACCCCCCGGAGCUCCAACUGCGGUUCCUCCGCAACGGGCUGGCAGCCGGCUCCGGCGAGGGUGACUUCGGCCCCAACGGCGACGGCUCCUUCCACGCCUGGUCUUCACUGACAGUCAAAAGCGGCGACGAGCACCACUACCGCUGCCUGGUGCAGCACGCGGGGCUGCCGCAGCCCCUCACUGUGGAGCUGGAAUCACCAGCCAAAUCCUCGAUGCCAGUGGUUGGAAUCGUCAUUGGCCUCUUACUGCUCACGGCGGCGGCUGCAGGCGGAGCUCUGCUAUGGAGGAGGAUGAGAAACGGGCUGCCAGCCCCUUGGAUCUCUCUCCGUGGGGACGAUGUAGGGGCCCUCCUGCCCACUCCUGGCCUGCCCAAGGAUGCUGACUCUUAGGAUAUAAAUGCAUUCUCAGCAGCUGCCUGACCCCCCCCCCCCCCCCCCAAUCCUGGCUACUACCAGCUAAUGUAGUCAGGCCCCUUUUAUGCUGUGAGACCUCCUGGAAUCCUGGUAUUUCUGAGCCUCCAGAAAGAGUCCUGGGCCCGAUGACCUUCUGGAUUUCUCCUCCUGUGGUCUGCCUCAGUUUCCCCUCCUGAUGAUUAUGACUCUUUUCCACCUCCACAUAUAAACGCGAGUUUGGGCCCAAA